GUCCCUCUGUUUUUCCUUCCUUCGGCUAAGCCUCAUCCAUGGCUGAAGAAGAUCCUUCUUCUGAAGAUGAAAUUAAUCCCACCAGCUUCCUUCAUGAACCACAACAUUCUACAUAUGAUUUUGAGAGUCCUUAUCACUUACUCUCAUCUGAUAAUCCUGGUGUUUCCCUAGUCGGCAGCCCUCUCACCGGCCUCGAAAAUUAUUCCUCCUGGGCACUUGCGAUGACCGUGGCGCUCAAAGGACGAAACAAAUUCUGCUUUGUUGAUGGCUCCUUACCGGCUCCUCUGGCGGGGCAUAGAGAUCACAGUCGCUGGCAGCGUAUCAACAACAUGGUAAUGUCCUGGAUGCUUCAUUCCGUUCACUCAUCCCUCGCUCUACUGUUCUUUAUGCCCCCACCGCGUCUGCUGUUUGGUCCGACUUCAAAGACCGAUAUUCCACAGCCAAUGGUCCCCGAAUUUAUGAACUUGAGCGCUCUAUUGCUACUCUCCAUCAACGGGACGAUUCUAUUCCCGUUUAUCACAAUAAACUGUCCGGACUAUGGGAAGAACUCAACCUCCUUGAUCCUCCACCGCAAUGCACUUGCACUGCCCGGACGGCCUAUUUCAAUCAAAUUGAACGUCGCCGUUUGAUGCAGUUUUUAAUGGGUCUCCGAGAUACCUAUGCCCAAUCACGUAGUCAACUUCUUCUUAACACAACCCUCCCUUCCGUUAAACGUGCCUACUCCCUUUUACUUCAAGAUGAAGCACAACGUCUUCAUGCUCCUUCCGUUUCCUCUUUGGAGCACGCUGCCUCAGUCUGCUGCCCCACCUCCUUCCUCUAUGCUUCCAGGAUCCGCAGGCCUUCAACAGCUUUCUGGAGGGUCUCUGCCAGGUUUGCUUCCCUCACCAUCUACUGCCCAACCUACUGCCUAUGUCGCUCACCAACACGGGGCCUCCAAGCAGUCUCCUAGAGGACCAUCCAAACCCAAAUGUUCCCACUGCGGCCUUCUUGGUCACACUCAACAGGUAUGUUAUCGCCUUCAUGGCUAUCCGCCCGGCCAUAAGUUUUAUCGCAAAGGAAAUACACAUGGUUCCUCUACUCUUGCUCCUAAUGCCGAUAACGACCCUGUUCAACAAUUACUUCGUUUGCUUCAAAAUUCUAAGGAACCUAAAGCUAAUAUGAUUGGGUGGUAUCCUCAUAACUGCAGUUCUCACCGGAUCGGGUAUUGGGUUCAUUCAAAGCCUGCCUUUUCAUAGGCUUUCACAAUGCAAUGCAAUGCAAGCAAGAGAAGGAAAGUGGAAGAAUGUUUUUUGCUUGGUUGGGAAUUGAAAAAAAAAAAGGAUGGCACCCCAUCCUUGAGGGCCUCCCAACACCAACUGGAC